AUGUGGGACCCUGCCAGAGCAAUGGAGGCAGUCCAGAUCCCUGCUGAGAGAGCAGAUACACAACAGAAGACCCACAAACUUGGAUCCGGGGAAGAGGAUGUCUGCCUCAGCAAGCCACGGGCCCACGGCACUGCUAACACAAUGGGAGGGAGAGCUGUGAGAACUGCUUCUGGAGUCCUACGUGGAUCCCCACAACAGCAGACCACCAAUCGCCCAGAAGUUGUGGGGGAGAAGAAAGAGCACAAAGCUGCCAGUUUGUGGGAUGCAUACGCAGGACUGUUAUGUCAUCAAUCCAUGAUCCUAGCCACAAACUCCAGCUAUGUGGAUCCCUAUAUUCAAUUUGAAAUUCAAUUGCAUCUAAUAGAGGCAGCCUUUAAAAUGGUAUUUUCCAUACCACAUCUUGAUGAAGUGAGAGGCUUGGGAACCAGUGCCGAGGACAUGGUGGACCUGGUGAGUUUAUAUCAGAAUAUUUUAAACAUAUAUGAAGACACUCUUCUGAUCUUAGUAGCUAAAGAUCUCUACAAGCUACAGAUCUUAAAGGAGAUGGCUGUAUGGAUGCAUGAAGAUAGUUCAUACCUGCAAGAGAGAGUCAUGGUGAUCAUCAGCAGGGUGUUAAAUUUUGCAUCAAGGAAAGUCAGGGAAUAUACAAGUGUUGAUGCUCCAUGUCUAGGAGUCCUGGCAGCAGAGCUGUCUCUUUUGUGUUCCCAUGAUGAUCCUUCAAUCACGUGCCAAGCGUCUUUGGGAAUGUAUCACCUCCUCUGCAUCGCCAAGUGUCAAAAUGCGGAUAUCGAAAAAAAUAAGCCAACAACGUGGGCUGAGCGUGGAAGCUGUUGCCUCCUGGAGUCUUCUCCUGAUGUAGAUUUUCUACCCAAGGUCUUGCAACGAAACAAAACUAAAAUUGCUCAGAAUGUAGGGCAAACCUUACUGCCCUCUUUGCUGACUGACUUCGUGUGGAGUCUCCUGAUGAAAUUGUCUGAACCUAACUACAAAACUGCAUCAGAGGCGGCAUCCAUCCUGAACCUGACUCUGGAAAAUUAUGCACAGAAGAUCACCAUGGUGUCUAAGAUUGUGGAUGCAAUUUAUAAGCAAUUGUGUGAGAAUUCUUUUCAUAAUAUGAAGCAAGCCUUGUUGCGGGUCAUCACCUUGCUGACAUGCACUUCACCCAAAAAGGUUAUCUUUCAACUCAUGGACUACCCAGUCCCAGCUGACAACACUCUGAUACUGAUGUGGCAAGCGGCAGGCUCUGAGUCAAGUGUGGCCCCUCACGUGCUGAAGACAAUCCUUCUGAUACUGAAAGGAAAGCCUGGGGAAAUGGAGGAAAACCAAAUAGACAGGAGACGUUUCUCUCUUGAUGCUACCAACAUGAUGCCUGUGGCGGCAUCCCAGGCCCUGUGCACUUUGCUCCCUGUUGGCUCUUACAAGAAAGCUGUGGCCCAGUUUUUCCCGCAGCUCUUGGUGGCCCUCAUGCUUCAGCUCUUCUACAGCACGGAGCUGAGACUGAUGCCAGAGGCCAGGCCCCUCUAUGCACAAGAUGCCCUGAGAGUUCUGCUAAACUGUUCCGGAUUACAAAAUGUGGAUAUAGCUCUAAAGAAAAAGAACUGCUGGAACCAGUUUUCCCAAGCUCUCUAUCACCAUCAUGGGGUCUACCUCGUUGCCAAAACUCUCAGUGACUAUAACUUUCCACAGUUUCCAGAGACCUUACAUUAUCUCUACAAGAUCUCAGUGGAAGGUCCUAGAAGGUCAGAAGACAGUAUCAUCACAACAAUAUUCCUUACUGAACUUCUGAAUAACUUCUUCAGGGACCCAUUCCCAGAAGAGUUUCUGGUCCUUUUCAGAAACUGGGUCAAUGAUUCCAACCCUGCAGUUUGCAAACUGAGCCUUCAGAAACUGGCCAGCAUGGCCCCAGUUAUCAAUGAGAUAGAAAGUGCCUGCAGCUUAUUAAUAGCCAUCCUGGGUGCCUUCGUUUCCAAAGACAAGACUGUUGUAAUUCGGGCCUUGGUCACCCUCCGAAGACUUCUAGGCAAACUGGACAAGAUGACCUAUUCCACGCUAUGUACCCAAAUUGCUUCCAGCUACUGUCCUCUGAUGGAUCAUAGCAAUGGAGGUAUUCGGAGCAUGGCCAUUCGGCAUUUCGGCGAAUUACUCAGAGAUAUGAGUCAGUACAUGUGGAUGCUGAGCCCUGUGGUCCUCGGAGCCUUGGUACCCCUUAUUCUGUUCUUGGAAGAUGAAGAGAUAAGAGUAGUUAAGGCAUGUAAAUACACAUUGGAAAUAUGUGCCUCACAAUUAAAGUGGUCAACUUCAUAUUUCCAAAAGGAUAAAAAGUUCAAUUUUGAGAUGGUGGUGCUCAACAUCUGUAACAAUCUUAUUAUUUCCCAUGAGAGCUACAUCACAGAUUUGAUAUCUGAUACCUUAGGAUUCCUGGGGAGCUCACGAACAUAUCUGAAGAGAGGAGCACUUAUUUUAAUAGGAUAUUUGGCAACAUUGGGUGGCCAUUUGCUGCUCAGAGAUGAAAUUGAAGUCAUGUUUGAGGUUAUUGAACGAGUGCUUCGGGAUGAAGACCCUGUGAUCAGGGAGUUGGCAGAAAAAACUCGUAGCAUUUUUAAGGAAAUUGCCCAUGGAAUGACCUCUUCAACUAUUAGACAAAGCUUUAGAAGAGUGAUUAAGUUCAUCUAUGUAAAAAAAUUGAAGCCUCUUUAUUAUUAUAAUUGGCCCAAAGAUGAAGAAGACAGCCCUACAGAUAUGAAAAAUGGCAAGGAAGGCUGUGCAGAAGAGACUGAAGAAGGCAUGAUUUCCAAAGAAUUCAACAAAAUUUAG